AGAUCAAGAAACUAUGUUUCAGAAUCUGAAGUAUGCAAACUGGAAUCUGUACCCUUGGAUUUUGGUGAUUACCAUCCACUAAAACCCAUUACAGUUACUGAAUCCAAGACCAAGAAAAUGAACCGGAAAGGAAGUACUUCUUCUACUUCCUCUUCUUCUUCUAGUUCUAUGAUGGAUCCAUUGAGCAGUGUAUUGGACGGUACCGAUCCCUUGUCAUUAUUUGCAGCAGCUGCAGAUCCUGUGACAACUACUGCUACCAUGGAUAGUACACGAAAGAAACGGGAUAAAGAUGAUAGCUCAGCAGUAGGAAAUGACUUUGAACCAUGGUCAAGCAAACGUGGUGAAAUCCUUGCUAGAUACACAACAACAGAGAAGCUCUCUAUUAAUCUGUACAUGGGAUCUGAAAAAGGAAAAGCUACAACUACUGGCUCAGCAGUUUCUGAAAAAGUGAGGACAAGGUUAGAAGAACUGGAUGAUCUGGAAGAGGGGUCACAGAAAGAGCUGCUGAAUUUGACUCAGCAGGAUUACAUGAACCGAAUUGAAGAACUGAACCAGUCUUUGAAGGAUGCUUGGUCCUCUGAUCAGAAAGUAAAAGCUCUGAAAAUAGUCAUCCAGUGUUCUAAGCUUCUUUCAGACACAACAGUAAUCCAGUUUUAUCCAAGUAAAUUUGUUUUAAUUACAGAUAUUCUUGAUACUUUUGGGAAACUAGUGUAUGAAAGAAUUCUGUCAAUGUGCGUGGACAAUCGUGUCUCUUUGCCAGAUAAUUUUUCUCCAGAGAGUGUUAAUGAUACGGCUAAAGAAACUUGCUUAAACUGGUUUUUCAAGAUUGCUUCAAUCAGAGAACUCAUUCCCAGAUUUUACGUGGAAGCAGCAAUACUGAAGUGCAAUAAGUUCUUAUCCAAAACGGGGAUUUCGGAAUGUCUCCCACGGUUAACGUCUAUGAUUAGAGGAAUUGGAGAUCCACUGGUUGCAGUCUAUGCAAGAGCAUACCUUUGCAGGGUUGGGAUGGAAGUGGCACCACAACUCAAAGAAAGCCUUAAUAAAAAUUUCUUUGAUUUUCUUCUAACAUUUAAACAAAUUCAUGGGGAUACGGUUCAGAAUCAGCUGGUAGUACAAUGUGUGGAGAUUCCUUUGUAUUUGACUCUAUAUUCUCCUGCUAUAGACUGGAUUUUACAGUGUAUUGCUUACCGUGCUCCUGAAGUUCUGCUUACUGAGAUGAUGGAGAGAUGCAAAAAAUUGGGGAACAAUGCUUUGCUGUUGAAUUCAGUAAUGUCAGCAUUCAGAGCAGAGUUUAUUGCUGCAAGAUCUAUGGACUUCAUUGGCAUGAUUAAAGAGUGUGAUGAAUCUGGAUUCCCAAAGCAUCUCCUCUUUCGCUCCUUGGGAUUAAACUUGGCAUUGGCUGAUCCUCCUGAAAAUGAUCGCCAUCAAAUAUUAAAUGAAGCCUGGAAGGUUAUAACAAAGCUGAAGAACCCACAGGAUUAUAUCAACUGUGCUGAAGUGUGGGUGGAGUAUACAUGCAGACAUUUUACGAAGCGAGAGGUCAAUACAGUUUUGGCUGAUGUUAUCAAACACAUGACUCCUGAUCGAGCAUUUGAAGAUGCUUACCCACAGCUGCAGUCAAUUAUUCAGAAAGUUAUUUCCUAUAUCUAUGACUUCUCUCUGCUUUUUUCAGUGGAGAAAUUCUUGCCAUUUCUGGAUAUGUUCCAGAAGGAAAGUGUGAGAGUGGAGGUUUGCAAGUGCAUUAUGGAAUCUUUUAUUAAGCAUCAGCAGUAAUCUACAAAGGAUCCUGUUAUACUCAAUGCUCUUCUGCAUGUCUGCAAGACGAUGCAUGAUUCUGUGAAUGCACUAACACUUGAGGAUGAGAAAAGAAUGUUAGCAGCUUUGAUAAAUGGAUUCAUAAAAAUGGUUUCAUUUGGCCGUGACUUUGAACAACAGCUGAGUUUCUAUGUUGAAGCCAGGUCAAUGUUUUGCAAUCUGGAGCCUGUUCUAGUCCAAUUGAUUCAUUCUGUGAACCAGCUAGCAAUGGAAACAAGAAAGGUGAUGAAAGGAAAUCAUUCCAGAAAGACUGCUGCAUUUGUCAGGGCUUGUGUUGCCUUCUGCUUCAUUACAAUUCCAUCUCUGAGCAGUAUCUUCACACGUCUUAAUCUGUAUCUACACUCUGGACAGGUUGCUCUGGCAAAUCAGUGCCUUUCACAAGCUGACGCUUUUUUCAAAGCUGCAGUGAGCCUUGUUCCUGAAGUGCCAAAAAUGAUCAGUGUAGAUGGAAAGAUGCGACCUUCUGAUGCCUUCCUCCUGGAAUUCCUUUGUAAUUUUUUUUCCACGUUAUUAGUUGUUCCGGACCAUCCAGAACAAGGAGUGUUGUUCCUUGUGCGAGGAUUACUAAAUGUGAUCCAGGAUUAUACUUGGGAGGAUAACAGCGAUGACAAAGUCAGGAUUUAUACUAAUGUUUUGCAUCUGCUGUCUGCAAUGACUCAAGAAGCAUAUAUCUACCAUGUAGAUAAAGUUGAUUCCAAUGAUACCCUGUACGGUGGAGACUCCAAGUUCCUGGCUGAAAUUAAUAAACUCUGUGAAACAGUGAUAGCACAGAUCCUGGAUCAUCUGAAAACCCUUGGAAAAGAGGAGACCCUAAAGCGACAGAGCCAGUUGGCACUCUAUUUCUUUAACACUAUUCUAGCUCAUGGGGAUCUACGAAACAACAAACUAAAUCAGCUUUCAGUCAAUCUCUGGAAUCUUGCUCAGAAACAUGGCUUUGCUGACACCAAGACUAUGGUGAAAACGCUAGAAUACAUCAAGAGGCGAAGCAAACAACCUGAAAUGAGUCACUUCACAGACUUGGCCCUUCGGCUUCCUCUGCAGUCUAGGACCUGAUGAAUGCCUCUUUUCCAAGGAGUCUUCUGUACCAGAGAGCAUGUAGCCGAGGCCAAAAAUCACUGAUGUAGAUUUUGACUGGAGGAGUUCAGUGUAUUUUUAUUUUACUUAAUGUGACAGAUUUACCUGGACACAGGUAAAACUGUUCUGAGUGCAAUAAUUUAACCUGAAUUUCUGUUUCCAGUUUUACCACUAUAUUCUUAUUUUAAAUGCUGGUUUAGAUUCACUAAAGGGUAUUUUGAAGCUCUAUGGCUGCAAAAGCCUUUUGAAAUCUAAUCUGUUGUCAUUUUAGCAACAAAGGAAGAAGAUAACCUCCAGGGAUCAAUUCACAGCCUCCAAACUUCAUCCCACUUGCAGAAUAGUUUCUCCUGUGUAGAAAGCAGCAUUUCAAUAUAAUAAUCCUACUAAGUCAUCUUUCUGCUUUGGGGUACUGCCAACAUUUGUUUGGUCAGUUCCAGUAAAAGAGAAAAAUGGCCGAGGUGUUACUGUUCUAAUUUGUACAAUACAUUUUCACAGACAUGUUUAUGCUUUCAUUUUAGUUCAGUGGUGUUUUGUAAAAUGGAAGGAAUCUUUUAAGUGCUGUCUGCAAAGGAAAAUGGAUAUGUAUGCAAAGUAUUCUAUAUUCACAAAGUACACUGUAUCACUGAAUAAAACAAUUUGCAGU